AGUACGUUUUUUUGUUUUUUGUAGUUUAGGCUGAACUGCUCGAGCAGUGAAUGAUCUGCUGUAUUGUUUAUUUCUCCUGUUUCCUGAAGGGGGCGGGAUUUGUGGAGUAUCAGCGCUGCAGUUGAUGAAACACCUCUCUCUGAUUUUAGAGCGGAAUAGAACAGCGCUGUAUCCAGAUGUUACAGGAGGAACAGCUGCAGAGGGGUUCCCAGUGAAGCAGAAGAUGAAAGGGAAACGUGUAAACCUGUUGGGUUUGCUUUCGUUUUUUGUGAUUCUUGGUUUUCUUCUGAUUGUAUAUUUGGGUGCUGACAUUUUAACAGGAACGCUGUAUUUUAAUUACCAUCACUUUGUAAAAAAACUACAGAAUUCCAUAACUCCCAUCGAACACUCUGAACAUUUCAUGAUAUCUGCGUUCCUUGACCACAGAGUUGAUAGGGCCAUUAGAGUUAUCAGCAUAAUCAGAAGAGACAGUCUACAGCCACUUUACUGUAUCUAUCAUCACUACUACAGCGACUACCAGGUUGUUACUGCUGAAGUGGAAAUACACAGUGAUCAUUUUGGAUUCCCGUUUGGAGCAGCGGAUGUGCUGUGUAGGGGGCCAAGCACUCAGAAUGCAAGCCAUGUAGCUGUUUCAACUAAUACAUCCAUCAGUUACAGCAUGGACUUUCUGCCAGUACGGAACAGAGUGCCGACGGAAACAUUUCAGUACAACUUCACAAUCUGUAUCUCCAGUCUGUUUAGAAAUUACAACAAUGCUCUGCAGUUUGCCCAAACCAUGGAGAUGUACAAGCUUGUUGGGGUGCAGCAUGUAGUGAUCUAUAACACCAGCUGCGGACCUGACCUGGAGAAACUCCUACAACACUACCAGAGGGAGGGAAUUCUGGAGAUUGUUUCAUGGCCUGUUGAUCAGUUUCUUACCCCAUCUGCAGGAUGGAACUCACAAAAGCACCCAGGAGAUCUCCACUACUACGGCCAGUUGGUAACACUCAAUGAGUGUGUUUAUCGACACAUGUAUCAGUCUAGAUAUGUUCUGUUGAAUGACAUUGAUGAGAUCAUCAUGCCUUAUAAGCAUGCUAACCUUCCAUUAAUGAUGCAGGGUCUGCAACAGAAGCAGAAGAACGUGGGCGUGUUUCUUAUAGAAAACCACAUUUUUCCCAAGACACAGUUUGAGGAGAGCCAUAAGUACAGAAGGCCAGAAUGGAGAAAUAUUCCUGGUGUUAAUAUUAUGGAACAUAUUUACAGAGAACCACAAAGACCACAUAUUAUCAACCCCACAAAGUUGAUUGUUAACCCCAGGUAUGUGCUGCAAACAUCAGUGCAUUCCACUCUCAAAAGCCUGGGAGAAGUUUACAGGGUUCCUUUCAAUGUGUGCCACAUCAUUCAUGUGCGAGUAGCUCUACAAGGACGUCUUUCCAAAGAGCAACUGCUUGUAGACUCCAGGGUGUGGGACUUUGAGGAUCAACUGGUACCAAAUGUUGAUAGAGCCCUGCAGUCAGCAGGUUUCAAUUUAUAUGACCAUUCAAGUUUUACACAAGCAACUGUACUGGAAUAGUAAAUUAAAGUAAAUAAAUCUUCAUGUGUGGUUGUGUAUCUUCGCACAGUUAUCUGGCAACAGUUGUAUGAAAUUAGUGAAAUGCUGACAUUCUCAGGUGAGCAUGGCUUGGAAAGGAUGACAUAAUUCCACACAGUUGUUUGACACAUUAAGAUGUAAAGUAAUAUUUAAAAUGGUCUUUUUUAUUUUGAGUUGAUAAUGCCUUUUUUUUAUAUAUAUACGCUACCAGUCAACAGUUUUAGAACAGCUCUAUUGUUUAGUAGUUCAGUUCAGGAGUUUAAAUGUACACGUUGUAUUGUUAGAAUUUCCCCAAAUUCUCUCCUUAUGUUUGCCUAUAUAAUAUGAAGUGGCUAGGUUGGGAUGGCUCUUUUAAAUCUCUAAAUUGCUCUAUAUAUGUCUCCAUGUUUAUAAACAACAAUUGUGGAUUAGAAUAUGUUGCUAGAAGUCAGUAUGAAAGCUUUUAUAUGCAUGUUUGUGCACUGCUAAUGCUAUGCCACAUGGUAUGUGCUAGCUAAUUAUGCCCUGUUUUUAUAUGCUUUCAUACUAACUAAAAAGAGAAUAAA